AUGCCUGCUGAACUCCAGUCUACGACCUCACAGCCACAGGCGAGGACGCCAGUGUCGAUUUACGAGAUGCAGCACUGGCUACGAGUCAAAGGCGGCGAGUACAUCCGCGUCACCGAGGACACUAAAGCUGACGCGGAGCGCGAACCAAACUCUUAUGAGCCGAAAUAUAUUGAUCGCAAGACCCAGCCGAAAUUUCAGCUCGGGAGAACCGAUACUUACAAGUUUGAAAUCGAUGCAAUGGGUCCCGGCGGCAUCCAACAGCUGCUAGCUCGGCAUGAAGACGAGCUGGAUGUCCCCAUAGAGUAUGUACGUACGCUUACCUACGAUUUUGAGGCAGGUAAGCGUGUCGACGAUACAGCUCUUGUGGCCAAGCAUGCUCAGGGCACGCUCAAUGUAGACCCCAUGUCUGGUGACGACAUUGCGCCAAUAAAAUUUACUUGCACAGGAGAUGAGAUGGCGACGUACCAGCUGAAAAAGAGCCCGACCUUACCUAUCGAGAUCGAUGGGAAGACAUACGAGCUUGCUCUCGGAAAUUUUACUUUCAUCCUUGAUGCUCGUACAUGGCUUAAGGAGUGCGAAAGCUUACAGAGCAUCACCGAUACUGACGAGGUGAUGGACGCGCUUGAGGCACUCUCUGAAAGAGCACGCAUCAUGAUAGAGAGUGCCGUCGGCAAGAACGCUGCUCAGGAGCUCAUCGGCGAAGCGCACCGGCUCGAUCUUUACCGCAUCAUGGAUGUGAUGAACAUCCUCGCG